CAGCAAGCCUUCACAAGUCUCUGAUCUGUUCAGUGCUGACAGCAGAGAGCAUGAGAGCCAUGACAGGACUCUGAAACAAAAACAGACAGAAUAAAAUGUACUUGACGAUUAUACUUAUUAUCUGUGGCGCAGCUUGCAUCUAUGCAGAAACAGUUCACAAGCUUUGUCACAUCUAUGGAUGCUUUGACUCGAGUGAUGCUCAGCUCUCUGUGACAGUGGAUGAUGAUGAAGUGUACUAUGCAGAUUUUAAAAAUGAUGAUCUUGUUUGGGAGAGCAAAAUACCAACAGCUGUACGUUGGGCUUAUGAAUGGACUUACAGAUAUGAGGUAGAAUAUAGAUCUAUGUGUAAAGCUUUGGUGAAAUCAUGGAAAGUAUACAAGAGUCUUACAAAGACUAAAAAACCACCAGAAACGAUCCUCUACCCCAGAGAUGAAGUGAUAAAAGAUGAAGACAAUACCCUCGUCUGCUUCAGCAACAACUUUUUUCCUCCUCAAAUCAACAUCAGGUGGACAAAGAACAACAAACAAGUAGCAGAGGAAGAUCCUUUUAUCAAAACUAUAUCGAAUCCUGAUGGGACAUUUUAUGUCUUCUCCUACCUGAACUUUGUUCCAAAACAAGGAGACAUCUACAGCUGCACUGUGGAGCAUGAAACACUGAAGGAGCCUCAGACCAGGUUUUGGGAAUUUAAAAUGGAAGAAAAAAUAAAUAGGGGUCCACUGAUAUUCUUUGGAAUAGGGAUCUCUCUUGGGAUUCUUGGAGUCGCUGCAGGAACUUUCUUUUAUGUGAAGGGGAACCAAUGUUACAGGAUGCAGGAUAGUGCUCGAUAAUCUAUAACAAUGAUUGUAUACUUUCAUUCCAGGAUCCUCACUCAUCCCUUUUUUCUUCUUCUUUACAACUCUAACUGCAGGCCUUUUAUUUUUAAAACAGCUUUAAAAACAGCUGAAUGUUUUGCACAUGUACAGUAGCUAAUCCUGGUUUGACACUUUCUGAUGUGCUCUGCCUUUUGUUGUAUUCAGUAUAUUUAUCUAUAGUUUUUCAAAAAUUAGAUAAUUAUAAAUGCUCGUUAUGUAAUUUUUCUUUCUCAGAGUUCAUGUAUCAUGUAUUAUGCAUAAAAACCAAAUAAACAUUAACAACUUG